UGAUUUGUUGCCUCAUAUGCCCCACAUUAGUGAAAGCUUGAUGAAGCGGAGCCUCAAACCCACAGACCUGCGAGACAUGACUGUUGGCCAGCUGCAAGUUAUAGUCAAUGAUCUACACUCCCAAAUUGAGAGUUUAAACGAAGAGUUGGUCCAGCUUCUACUUAUUAGGGAUGAGCUGCACAUGGAACAAGAUGCCAUGCUGGUGGACAUAGAAGACCUUACCAGACAUGCUGAAAGUCAGCAGAAGCACAUGGCAGAGAAAACAACAGCCAAGUGAAACUGAGAUGCCUCCAACAAGCCACAAGACCAGAGAGGAAAAAAAAGCUAGAUUUUACUUUGCUUCUGUCGUUGUAAAAUGCUGACGCUCAAGAUGGUGCACUUCAAGAAAAUCAGUGUUAGUCAUUGGUACUGUUUGAAGCUUUAUGUCCAGUGAUUGGCCUAUGCUUCUUUUAUAAUUUAUUUUAAUAUGAUUACAUUUGUCACUGAGUUGUAUCGGGCAUUUCAGUAAAAUGUUGGUAACUGAUAUGCAAUUUAGUAAAACUGAAAUGAGCAGAAUUGGAAGAUAUAUGAAGUAGUUAAGAGAAGCUAACUUCUUACUGCUUGGAUUUUAGUUAAACAGUAUUUUACCAUGGACCUCUUUUUAUUCUUCACAGAUGGUAGUUUUAAACAAAUGAACUUUAUUUAAAGGUGCUAUUAAAGUCAAAGAAUACAUGCCUGCCUUGUAGUGAAGUUGUAGCUAUUGGUGAUUAGGUCACUUAAAUAAGUUUUCAACAUUUUGUAAAUGUUGAUUACCUGACUCAACCAUUUUAAAGUGUGUUAAUAUAAUUUCAGUCAAUUGGAUUCAGAAAUGUUAUGUACAAAUAUGUAAAAUAAAAAUAAAAUUUGUUU